UUAGUUGAAGUUGUACAACAUUAGUACAUGCUUUAGCUAGAAAAGUGGAUAUGAAAUGCCUCAGCUAUAUCGGUAUUGUACAAGGUUCUAGGUAGUAACACCCCUCGAACCCCUCCCACAUCAACUUCUCCGUAGUUACAUGUAUGUACCUAGGUAUGCACUAUUGCAUACAUGUACGUAUUCUAAGUAGGCAGGUGCUUGGUGGUUCGCGUUACUCAAGAACACAAACAAACAAUCGAUAGUAUCGUUAUCAUACGACGUUAAUAAUUAUGCGGCAGUUCUUUAGGGUUGUAUGUAGGCUUGUAUGACUCGCCGCAGCUGUCCUACUUAAAGUAAUCCUUUAACUUCGGCUGCAUUCACCUUUCAGCCUACAAAUUAGCAGCUAUAUGACAACACAUCAGCCGCCUACCUACCUCGUUACUCUAGUAGAGAUUCCAAUAUGAAAUCCCACUCCAAGCCAUCAGACGCAGACCUCAACCCUCCUCCCUCGUACACGGAAGCCAUACAGCAAAAUGCUCCGCCACAACCACAACAACAACAAACCCGAUCCGCUUCGCUGGGCCACCAGCAGCAUACGCAUAUGCCGGCUUCUUCUUCUCGUCGAACAUCAGCGCCAGCAACGCACGUGUCGCGCCAAUUCCCACCUUCUUUCAACAUGUACAACGUGUCCAGCUUCAUGGACCGCCGCUACGUGCUAGGCGAGCACCAGGACCGCCCCCUCUACGCCCUCUCCUUCCACAGCGGCUUCUCCGGCCAGCCCGACCUCGUGCUGCACAACGGGCCCACCGAGGACCACCCGGUGCUCGCCGCCUUCCAGCGCGAGUCCUUCAGCUCGUCGGCGAUCAUCACGUUACCGCCGCCGCCGGGCUGUCCGGGGACUCGCACGGGGGCGGAGGAGAGGCUGGAGCCGGCCUCCUCGGGCUUCGGCAGCACCACGUACGUGUUCACGAUCGAGACGGGGCCGGGCAACCGCCGCGAGACGUUCGAGUGGCGACACUCGCGCGGCGGCGCCGUCAGCCAGCUCGGCGGAAAGACGUCCGGGUGGAAGCUGGUGCGGCUGGCGACGGGGCCGCCGAGCGGGCUGGAGGGUCCAGGUCAAGGAGGUGGAUCAUCAUCGUCCGCCGCUACUUUUGUGGGCGGUGGCGAUAUGUCGAGUGAUGGCAAGGAGGUGGUGGCGGCGUGGUGCUGGGCCGUCGGCAGCAUCACCAAGAAGCUCAAGUUUCAGUUUUUGGGAAGUGGGAGGACGCCCGGGGUGCUGGGCGAGAGGUGGGCUAUCAUGGCGGUGGUGUCGGCGCUGAGGAUCUGGGAGCAUGAGAGGAGGCAGAAGGAGAAUUAGUGGGGCGGGUCGUUUUGCUGGUGUGCUUGUGAUGGUGCGGUGCGGGCGCUCUUUGGGUAGCUAUCUACUAGGUAGGGUAAGGAAAAGGGGUGUUCCUCGGGGGGUGGGCUGGCAUAAAUAUUUUUAUAGAAAAUGGUUAUUUUAUUUAGGUUAGGUUAGGUAGACAGGUAAAGUACCUACAUACCUGGGAGGUUAUUGGGGGAAGAAAAGGGGGGUGUCUAUUUGGGCAUUCGGAACGGUGUUAGCAUUUAUUAUACCCUUCACUGAAUUACAAGCAUUCAUUAGGUACUUACCUACCUAUCCAACUUUGCGAACUGUCGAUUUCUUUGUUUCGCCGAAUUGGGUCACUAAUCAUCAUAUACCUAGGUAUAUAUCUUAUGGAUGGUGAUUAGAACCUGUCAUUUUGAGUUGAUAUGGAUUCCCAUGAGAAUGGUAACACAAUAUCACUCGCUUUUUAUCACAUUGUGAUUGAAUACCUA